AUGCCGUCCGCGCCCUCCCGGGUCACCAUCGCGGCCGGCGGCACGCAACAGCGCGAGCAUGAUAGCGACGCCGACCACCUUGGCGUGGCGCUCGACGCCGAGCAGGCGGCCAAGGCGCUCGAGCUGGAGCCGGCCAGCGCAGAAGUCGCCUACCACCAUGCGUCCUACCUCCGCUCGUUUGGCGACCUGCUCCGCGCGAGGCAGAUGCUCUCCGACGCGGCGCUCGUGCACGCUGAGGAGCCCGCGAUUGCAUCGUCGCUCGGCUACCUGCUGCUCUCUGAGCGCGGCGCCGCCGGCGCUGCUGCCCGCCGCCACGGACUGCAGGUCUUAACUCGAGCGGCAGAGAGCGGAGCGUGGCGCGGCGGAGCUCCGUGGCAGCAUCCCGUCGAGUACCUGUCCGCCGUGCCACCCCCGCCGGCGGGCGGCGUUCGCCCGCGCGGAGCGUACGAGUGCCUCCUCUCGCCGCUCGAGGGGGCCGCCGCCGACCUCGCCGCCGAGGCGGCUGCGGCGCUGGAGCGCUUCACGGUGCAGACCGAGGGCAUCGCGAGGCCGCAGGGCGGGUGGCGCGAGCUCGACCUGUUUGACGUGGCGACCUGCGCCGCCGUGCGGGCCGCAGUGGAGACCUACCCGUACGUCCAGGGCGCCCUCUUCUCCGCUCUGGCGCCGGGCACCGCCCUCUCUCCGCACUGUGGACCGACCAACGGGCGGAUGGUGAUGCACGUUGGGCUUCGUGUGCCGCACCCGGGCGCAGCUCGCUUAAGGAUCGGCAGGCCGUCGAGCCUCGACGACGACGUGCAAGGCUCCGCGCCGGCUGACGCUGCGGUCGAGGUUGCGUGGCGCGAGGCCGAGGGGUUUGUGUGGGACGACUCGGUCUGCCACGAGCCGCGCAUCGUGCUGCUGCUUCUGCUCCUUCACCCGGCGAUGACGCGGAUGCCCAUCUGCCCCGCUCUCGACGCAAGCUAG